AUGUCCUCCCCACACGAAACCAGCACCACCACGAGCGGCAGCAACAGUUCAAGCCCCGCAUCCUCUUCGCAGCCCUCUCCCUCAAGCUCGAGGCCAGGCUCCAUCUCAUUCUCAGAACCCGCAAACCCAUCUCCAAGCAUUCCAAAAGGAAAGACGACGAAGUGGUUGGUUGGGCUGAAGACCGGGAAGAACAAGGAACCAGAGAAAUGGCUGUUCACGGUUGAGAGGAGGCCCAGAGCCGAGAAGCGACCCAGCCUUCGCACGGCGACCUCGUACUGA